CAUAUUCAGAGGUAAACAUGCAUGCUCUAAAACAACUGCAUGAGCCUUGAGAAGGCUCCUUAUCAAUCUUGCUUGAUGUAGCAUUCCGGUUGAGUAAGAAGCCAUGUCUUGGGAUAUAAGUAUGUUCUUCUUUAGCUUCCUUCAUUCCCUUGUCCAUAUUAUUGAUAUUCCUGAUGGCUUCUUUGGUGAAUCUCCUUUCGAUAGCCCAACCGUACUGGUGGAGGAGCUCUCAUCUUCACUUAUACAAACUGUUGUACUUACAAUAGCCCAGUUUUUAAGGGGAAUGCUUACUUUUCCUCAGGCUCAAGCAGAGUCUUCUGUGUUUUAAAUAAUUAGCACACUUUGUUGGUAAGAGAUAGCCUUUGAAGAUGAGAAAGAAAUGAAUCCUUCUCGUGAGAAGGUACCAUACAAUAUUGUAGAAUCCCUAGAAACUUCUUUUGUCAUUUCUCCCAUUUUGGUUAUAUUUUC